AUGUCCAACCAAGAGUACUACAGCGGCCAGGGCGGCCAUCACCAAGGAGGUGGCUAUCCUCAGCAGCCCCAGCCUAGCUACGGCCCGCCGCAGGGAAACUAUGGCCCUCCCCAGGGCCACUACGACGGCGGCUACCAACAGGGCCACCAGCCCCCGAUGCAGUACCAGCAGGGCCCUCCGCCAGAGGCGUCCCGCGGUGGCCGUAAAGGCGGCAGCAACAACUGCCUCAUGGCCUGUAUAGCCGCUCUGUGCUGCUGCUGCGUCGCCGAAGAGGCUUGCGAAUGCUGCAUCGAUUGCUGCGAGUGUCUGCUCUAA